AUGGCUGGCCGUUUUGUAAGGUCUUCGAAGUUCCGACACGUCUACGGAAAACCAACUCGAAAGGAACAAUGCUACGAUAACCUCCACAUAUCAAAGAAUGCUUGGGACUCCAACAUAAUCAAAGCAAACCCACAGUAUCUUUCCGUCAACUGGGAAUCCGGUGGUGGUGGGGCCUUCGCAGUCAUCCCGCUUUCCCACCGCGGACGACUUCCGGAACAAAUCCCUCUCUUCCGUGGCCACACUGCCCCUGUUCUCGACACGGAUUGGUCCCCAUUUAACGACUCGUUGAUCGCCUCUGGUUCCGAUGAUGGCAAAGUGUUCAUAUGGGCUGUCCCGGAGAAUUUCACUCUUCUCACAGAUGACGAGGAUGGCCCGAAGGACGUAGAGCCUAUUUCCAAGCUUUCCGGUCAUCAAAGGAAGGUUGGGCAUGUCCUUUUUCACCCUACUGCUGAGAACGUGCUAGCAACCUCCUCGGGUGAUUACACCGUGAAGUUAUGGGAUAUCUCCACGGGAACCCCUCAUUACACCCUAAAGCACAGCGAAGUCGUUCAGUCUAUGUCCUGGUCUACUAAUGGCUCUAUGCUUGUCACCACGUGCCGUGACAAGAAGCUUCGUAUCUGGGAUCCACGACAGGAAACUGCCGUCCACGAGGUUACUGGUCAUACGGGCGCAAAGAACAGUCGUGCUGUAUGGAUGACAGGACUGUGGGAUUUGAGAUCCCUUACGGAUGGCCCCUUGAAUGGGUUUGAGAUGCUGGAUACCAUUUCGGGGGUGUGCAUGCCAUUCUGGGAUGAGGGUACCAAGUGUAUCUACUUAGCCGGGAAAGGUGACGGAAAUAUUCGCUACUUCGAGUACUCGAACGACGAGUUCAUUUUCUUGUCAGAAUACAAGAGUGGAGACCCUCAGCGUGGUGUUGCCUUUCUGCCUAAGCGUGGUGUUGCUGUUCACGAGAACGAGGUUAUGCGAGCAUUCAAGACCGUCAACGAUAGUUACAUUGAACCAAUUUCUUUUGUUGUUCCUCGUAGAGCUGAGACAUUCCAAAGCGAUAUCUAUCCUGAAACGUAUAGUGGGGAAUCGGCUCUUACGGCCGAGGCAUGGUAUGGAGGAGCCGAUGCCGAGCCUAAAAUGUUUGACAUGGAGACACUUUACACACCUGAAAGUCUUCCAUCCUCGGCUCCUAAAACACCUAUCUCCGUUGUUGCAACAACCCCAGCACCGACCAAAACAGCUGUUGCUCCCCCGAAGCCCGCUGCUGUCGAAUCGGCAAACCCUAAACCUGUGUCGCCUAAGGAAACCCCUACUCCUACAGAAAAGCGUGUCCCCAGCCCGAUCCUCGUUGAGACCACGGCCAAAGUAGCCGACAAGAACCCUGAGAUACCCAACCCAGCUAUCUCACCUACAAAGCCCAGCAUUACCCCUGCCCCGGCUCGGCAGCAGAUUCAGAGCCCUGCGAGUGUGCCCCAAUCAGCAACGCUUCAGGCACCCCCUCCGACGCCUAUGGAUACAAACAUCGUAGAGCAACUUGCGCGUAUUACAGCAUUAUUGGAAACCCAAAACAAGACGCUCGCCAGCCAAGACAAGCACAUUUCUGACCUAACCAAAGAACUGGAUGCACUGAAAAACAAGGUCGACGCCAGAGGCAGCGAAGAAAGUAGCAGAAAGGACGAAAUCAUCAGAAAGCUUGAAUUGGAACUGGAAGAGGCUAGAUCCUAG